GUCAGCGACAACUCGGAGCCUCGGCCUCCACUGCAACAUCAUGAUGCCUGUCUAGAAAUCUGGAAACUCCCGCUCGAGUUCUCUAAUCGGUGCUUCUUUCUUGUGGCAGUUACUGAUAAAACAAGCGCCCAUCGCUAGUAUCUGACUCACUGCUUGUGAUCCUCGCCAACUCAGGCAUUGAGUGGCGGCCUGAUGUCGCCGUUGUCUAGAUGCUGCAGAAACACGCUUAUUAAAGUGCGAUUCAUGCAACGCCUCUCAUCAUCUAUCCUGUUCCUCUAUUCGUUAUUCGAACUCUCCAAAUUCUACUAAUCGCCUAUUUUGAACAUGACCAAUGCUUUCUUUGCUCCUCUGACACUCCUUCUCCUCUUUGCCGUGUCUGUCCGCGCUAACUGCGACAUCUCGGACUAUCCCCCAGCAGUCGCAGCGCAAGGCAAUUUUCCCGGCGUCUGGACGCCUGUCUCUGCCAUCCUCGAGAAUGACGCAGAGGGCAGAGCUCUUUUCGAUUCGUUCAAGGACAGAAUCCCCAAUAUUGCGCCCAAGGGAACAAACGGUGUUCCUGAUCCACAUCUGAAAUACGACAAUUCGGACCCAGACUGUUGGUGGACGUUCUCGACGUGUGUGACACCGAAGACGCCGGGGGUCGAUGCGGAUGUCGCGAGCGUACCCGAGCCCUCGACGCUCGGGUACGGCUUCGAUGACGGCCCGGCAUGCCAGCACGAUGUGUUCUACGACUUUAUGAAGGAGCACAACCAGAAGGCGACGUUUUUCUACAUCGGGUCAAAUGUCCUUAGUCAGCCUCUGCAGGCCCAGCGGGCUAUCAUCGACGGACACGAAGUCUGUGUUCAUUCGUGGUCGCACAUGCCGAUGACGUCAUUCGACAACGAGCAAGCGUUUGGAGAGAUGUGGUACACGAUGCAGGCCAUCAAGCUCGUCACGGGAUACACACCCAAGUGUUGGAGGCCUCCUCAGGGGGAUGUCGACGAUCGGAUUCGGUUCAUCGCCCAAGCAUUGAAUCUAACCACUGUCCUGUGGGACUUUGAUGCCAACGACUGGCAAUUUGGCGCAGGGACGAUGAGUGCCGCGCAGAUACUCGGCAACUACGCAGAUUUCAUUGGCAAUGCAACCAGCGGGGCGUUCGACGACAUCGGCGCGAUUCUUCUCACCCAUGAGCUCGACAACUUCACCAUGCAAACUGCCAUCGACCAGUAUCCUCGGUUGUCCUCCGCUUUCAAGCACAUUGUUCCCAUCGCGACGGCUCUGAACAUCACGCAACCCUACGUCGAGACCAACUUUACCAUGCAAUCGUUUGCUGAACUGAUCGGGGUGGCCUCGCCUCCCUCGCCUCCUUCCUCAUCUACGCAGACAGCAGCUCCCUCCGCGAGCGGGCUGAUUGUUUCCAAGACCCUGUCGUCCUCAUUCUCGGCGGAUAGCACCCCGACUAUUUCUGCUGUCAAUCAUGCUGCGAGCGCAUCAGCUACAAGCGGCUCGAGCGGCUCUACGACGGAACUGUUGAAUGGUCGAGUGUUCGGUUUGGUCACCAGUUCCCUAGACCGUUCAAAUCUGGAUGUGGAGUUGUCACCCAUCGCCAGCGGCCAAGCCACAGUCGACAUGGAUGCAUGUGUCGCAGAUGAUGGUGCGACACUCUCGGUGUCUGUUCUCGAUUCGGGGCCCGCCAGAGACUUCAGAAGUAUACCCAUCCCUCUCUUGAGCGACAAUCAAGCCCUGCUGAGCGGGCCGGCAGUACAGCACAUGAAGGGGGAGCAGGCGUAUACCCUUCGCGGGACCAAAGAUCACUCGGACCACCACCCAGUAGUGAAAACGAUGCUCGCUUCCUUCGUUUCCCUCGCGAUCCUCGCCCUCGCUCUUCCGACCCACGCAAUUGUCACAUGUAACGUGUUGAACUACGGCGGGGUUGCGGACAAUAAGACAGAUAUCGGCCCCGCCUUGAGUGCGGCAUGGACAAAGUGUGUCAUCCCGAACGUCAAGACCACCGUCGCCACCGACGUUCAGCUGCUCGUCCCGGCCGGGAGUUUCCUGCUGGCGUCGAAUGUCCUGUUCAACCACGCUGCGAACUGGAACCUGCAUCUCGCGGGCAAUUUGUAUUUGCCCUUCGACCCCAACCUCGGUGGAACCAUGCUCCAGUGGCAGAACUGCAACAAUAUUCUCGUCAACGGGCCGGGAUCGAUCUUCGGCAAUGGAUUGCGGUACCGCCCGAACAACGACUUGACCAUUCACCCCGGGCGUCCUCGGCUCCUGCGGUUCCAGGCCUGCAACAAUGUCGAGCUUACUCAGAUCACGCUGUUUGACUCUCCCAAGUUCCAUGUGGCCAUGUUCGGCGACAACAAUCUCAUCCACAACAUGGCUAUUCGAGCGACUUUUGUCGGUGAAACGGAUGGGUAUGAUAUCAGCGGAAACAACAACUACAUUCACGACGUCAGCGUCCAGAACGGCGAUGAGGUGUGCAAACAUGAUCUUCUCUCAGGGGAAAAAGCGCUCAUCAAUCCAGGCUUCCGCGCGGAGAACAUCGAAUGCAUUGGCACCGCUGGCUGCAACAUCGGCUCGUUCGGAGGUGCAGACACUACCGUCAAUGUUCAAAACGUCGUAUACACGAACGUGACGGUAUCCAACUCGGACGCCGGCAUCAUGAUCAAAUCUUAUCCGGACAACAUUGGCAUCGUCAAGAAUAUCACCUACAACCACUUCACCUUCAACAAGGCCGCAUACCCUUUGUACAUCAGCGCCUUCUGGGCCGGCAACAACGUUGACACGGGCAAGCUCCAGAUUUCAGACGUCACCUUCAACGGAGUCACAGGAACCGGAACGCCCACUCGCCCUGCAGUCUUGCUCAACUGCAACAAGGCUACACCUUGCAAGAACAUUGUGGUGAGCCAUUAUCGCAUCCUCCCUCGUGAAAAACUUUAA